CGCCGAGCUGCCAGCGGAUCCCCCGCGGAGUCGCGACUAUGGGCCGGGCCCGGCCGGGCGAACGCGGGCCCCGCAGCCCGGGCUCGGCCGCGACGCCGCCGCCUCCGACCCCGCGCCGCUGCGCCCGCGCCCUGGCGCUGCUCGGGGCCCUGCUGGCCGCGGCCGCGGCCGCCGCCGCCGCCCGGGUCUUCGCCCGCCUCGCCGAGGCCCAGGCCGCCGCGCGACAGGAGUCCGCGCUGAGGGCCCUGGGGACGGACGGCCUCUUCCUCUUCUCCUCGCUGGACACGGACCAGGAUCUGUACAUCAGCCCCGAGGAGUUCAAACCCAUCGCCGAAAAGCUGACAGGGUCAACUCCUGCAGCCAGCUAUGAGGACGAGGCGCUGCCUGCUGACCCCGGCGAGGAGACACUCACCAUAGAGGCCCGCUUCCAGCCUCUGCUCCCAGAGACCAUGACAAAGAGCAAAGAUGGGUUCCUAGGGGUCUCCCGCUUUGCCCUGUCCGGCCUCCGCAACUGGACCACGGCAGCCGUGCCCAGCGCUGUGUUUGCCGCCCGCCACUUCCAGCCCUUCCUUCCCCCAAGAGGCCAGGAGCUGGGCGAGCCCUGGUGGGUCAUCCCCAGCGAGCUGAGCGUCCUCACCGGCUACUUGUCCAACAACCGCUUCUACCCACCGCCCCCCAAGGGCAACGAGGUCCUCAUCCACCGGCUCCUGAGCAUGUUCCACCCGCGGCCCUUCGUGAAGACCCGCUUCGCCCCUCAGGGCGCGGUGGCCUGCCUGACGGCCACCAGCGACUCCUACUACACCGUGGCGUUCCGGAUCCACGCCGAGUUCCAGCUCAGCGAGCCUCCCAACUUCCCCUUCUGGUUCUCACCAGGCCAGUUCACCGGCCACAUCAUCCUCUCCAAAGAUGCCACCCAUGUCCGUGACUUCCGGCUCUUUGUGCCAAAUCACAGAUCACUGAAUGUGGACAUGGAGUGGUUGUAUGGGGCCAGUGAGAGCAGCAGCAUGGAGGUGGACAUCGGCUACAUUCCCCAGAUGGAGCUGGAGGCCACAGGCCCCUCGGUGCCCUCCGUGAUCCUGGACGAAGACGGGAACAGGAUCGACAGCCGCCCUCCCUCCGGGGAGCCGCUACAGUUUGUGUUUGAGGAGAUCAAGUGGCAGCAGGAACUGAGCUGGGAGGAGGCUGCCCGGCGCCUGGAGGUGGCCAUGUACCCCUUCAAGAAGGUCAGCUACCUGCCGUUCACUGAGGCCUUCGACCGAGCCAAGGCCGAGAACAAGCUGGUGCACUCGAUCCUGCUGUGGGGAGCCCUGGAUGACCAGUCCUGCUGAGGUUCCGGGCGGACUCUCCGGGAGACCGUCCUGGAAAGUCCGCCCAUCCUCACCCUCCUCAACGAGAGCUUCAUCAGCACCUGGUCCCUGGUGAAGGAGCUGGAGGACCUGCAGCACGACCAGGAGAGCCCGUCGCACACGCAGCUGGCUGGCCUGCACCUGGAGAAGUACAGCUUCCCUGUGGAGAUGAUGAUCUGCCUGCCCAAUGGCACCGUGGUCCACCACAUCAACGCCAACCACUUCCUGGACAUCACCUCCAUGAAGCCCGAGGACAUGAACAACGCCUUCAGCUUCUCGGCCCCCUUCGAGGACCCGUCCACGGCCACCUACCUGCAGUUCCUCAAGGAGGGCCUGCGGCGCGGCCUGCCCCUCCUCCCGCCCUAGCCCGGCGGAGCCACGUGGCCCUGGCCCGCCCUCCACCCACCUGCCCCUCGAGGGGCCGAUCGCUAUCAGCGCUGCCCUAACCACUGGGCUCCGGAGGCCGUUGGGACCCCACAGCGCAAGCCCUGGGUCACCUCGCCGGCCCUCACCUGCAGUCGCACAGUCCCUCGUGGAGCUGUGUGCGGAGUCCUGCGUGGAAGUCCC